UUUGAAGGCUGCCACUCUAACCACUGAGCCAAACUGGCCAGGGCCCAGGAGCAGUUAUUUAAAAUAACACUUAAAUUGUUAUUGUUUGUGUGUCUACACCUUUUCUCAGGAUCAUCAUACCCUCCUUAGCAUCUAUUUCUUUUAAAAAUUAUUCACUGGGUUUCAUGUGAACAUAAUUAUUUUAUCACUUAAUGUAAAACCUUCAGGAUCUACAAAUAAUACAAUUUGUAGAUUAUAUGGGUUGAUCCAUGAUUUCAUUAAGAGUACUAGAGUAUUUGAUUGACACAUACUAUAUUACUAGAAAGCCUCAUGAAAAUUAAGGUUCCUGUCAAGUCUACAGGCUUAAAAUUUUUUCCUUAGAAGAGAAAAAUGAGACAGACAGAUGGGAAUGAAAAACUAAUUUUGACCCAUUUGCUCACUGACAUAGAUACCAGCUUCCAUUGAUUAAACUUUUUUAAAUGCAUGAACAUUAAGGACACAUUUUCUUGCCUAUUUAAUUUCACAGUAAAGAAGUUGGACCCAUGACCAAGAUCUAUGAGGAAAAUUAUCAGAUAUAACUGUAACCAGCAUGUUCUCAUAUUUUGAAAGUUUACUUAACUAAAUUUGUUUCACUAUGUAGAAGAAAGCAUUCUAAAAUAGAAUGUCAGUUGAGGGAUUUGUACCUUAAUAGAAUUAAACCAGUAUUCAACACAAUGUUAACACUUGGCCCAAGCUGUUUUCCCAGUUAGCCAGAAAAUUGGAGUGCCAGAAUAUGUGAUACUAUUAUUUAAACAAUAUUAAAAUAUUGGCUAAAAUCUGGUGCAAGUGGGGAGACUCCAGGUCCCUGACUGCAAGAUAUUUUUUCCAUCCUUAGGAGUAAAAGAACUUUAGUUCCAUGCUAGGACCUCAAGCUAUCCACAAGAGCUAUGGGACUUGCUUGCUAAAAAUAGUGAUCUUUGUACUUGGAAAUAAGUUUAACCUACUGUCUCAGGUGAACCCAACUAACUUACUUUCUUCUGCACUUUAGUUUUUACUGUAACUUCAGCCCUUUAUCUUUGUGAUCUUGACUUUCCUACUUUUCAAGAUCUCAGCAAAUCUUAGCUUCAAUAUGUAUGUAUCUUAGUUUUAGGAAAGUAUCUAGAUGCUCUUUACAAAUUGUUUUAGGUAAUGUAACAGUCAAUACAACAAUGCUUACAGAGAUACUGAGAUAUUCUCCUUAGACAACAUUUAUAAGUUAUCCACAAUCCAUUAAGCUAUCUAUUUAGUUUGCAUAAUAAACCAGUUCUAGCUGGUAUGUCACUUAAGUUUAUGCUCCUGAAGUAUGUAAAUGAAUCACUUCCUCUACUGUGCUUGCAAUGUGUUAAGAGUUUGAUUUCUUUAGGAAUAGACUGAUAGCUACACAUCUUUUUCUACUCAAUCCCCCCAGAAUACAGACUAUACAGUAUAGUAGACAUUUUAUACAACAGAGAAGGCAUUUGUAUUCCCAGCACUUAGUAUACUGCCUGACAUAUACUAUUAAAUCAUUGUUUUGUUGAAUAAAUAAAUAUAGUUAGCUUUGUUCUUGCAUCAUUUCCCAAAGUGGUUGGCACCAUUACCACACUCACAAUCUCGCAGGAAAAUAGAAGUUACAGUUUUAUUUAUAAACCACUCUCUAUAUAAUCUGUGGUGGUUGUUUUGUGUGUGUUUGUGUGUGCAUAAAUCCAAAUAAGUGGAAUACAUUUUGUAGCAUCUCCAGCAAACUAGGUUUAAGUACAACACAUGGUGGCGCUGUAAGCUAAGGCUGUGAAAAACAGACCUGCGGAAGGUUUCUGUUCUAGCAGUCAUCACACAGAUCUAACCAAGACAAGAUCCUUAACGGAGUUACCCUGCGGCAAGGAUUCUCUCCCCGGCAGACUGCCUACGGACCCAACAGGCACCCGACCCUAAAGACCCCUGGCGCUGGAGAAAUGGAGGCUGAGGAGGAGCGCUUUCCUACACUAAGGCAAGUCCUGCUUCUCUUUGUUUUGCUGGCUCAGACUUGUGCGGAGCGGGAAGGUUAUAGUGUCGCAGAAGAAACAGAGAGCGGUUCUUUUGUGGCCAAUCUAGCAAAGGACUUAGGGCUGGAGGUAAGGGAGCUGUCUCGGAGGAGGGCUCGGAUCAUUUUUAACAACAACAAAAACCACUUUCAGCUGAACCUUCAGACCGGAGAUUUACAAGUAAAUGAAAAAUUGGAUCGGGAAGAACUGUGCGGUCCCACUGAGCCUUGUGUGCUGCAAUUCCAGGUGUUAAUGGAAGAACCUUUGGAAGUAUAUAGGUUUAAGCUUUUGGUCCGUGACAUAAAUGACAAUUCACCUGUGUUCCCAGAAGCCAAAAUGAUUUUGAAAAUCAUGGAAAAUACUCUUCCAGGGACUAUGUUUUCCCUGAAAAAUGCACAAGAUCUGGAUGUAGGCAUCAAUAACAUUCAAAACUAUGCCAUCCACCCCAACUCCCAUUUCCACGUUCUUACCAGAAAUGGCAGUGAGGGCAGAAAGUACCCAGUGCUGGUUCUGGACAAAGCUCUAGAUCGAGAGGAGCAGUCUGAGCUGAGGUUAACGCUCAUGGCAGUAGAUGGCGGACUUCCUCCAAAGUCUGGCUCUGCCCUGGUCCUCGUUGAUGUUUUGGAUAUCAAUGACAACGCCCCUGAGUUUGUGCAGCCACUCUACCGUGUGCAGGUCCUGGAAAAUAGUCCUCUGGGAUCCCUUGUCGUCACUGUAUCCGCUAGAGAUUUAGAUACGGGAAUAAAUGGUGAAGUGUUCUACUCAUUUUUUUAUGGUGAUGAAGAGAUUACUAAAACAUUUGCACUUAAUGAACGCACAGGAGAAAUUACAAUAAUUAGGAAACUAGAUUUUGAAAAAAUUGUGUCAUAUGAGGUGGAUAUUAAGGCGUCUGAUGGGGCAGGUCUUUCUGGAAAAUGCACUGUCAUAAUACAGGUGGUGGAUGUAAAUGACAACAGCCCAGAACUAACGGUGGCUUCACUUACAAGCUCCAUCCCAGAAAAUUCCCCGGAAACUAUCGUAGCUCUGUUCAGUGUUCAAGACCCAGACUCUGGGGAAAACGGAAGGAUGGUUUGUUCCAUCCAGGAAGAUCUUCCUUUCACGCUGAAACCUUCCGUUGAAAAUUUCUACAAGCUCGUAACAGAAGGACCUCUAGACAGAGAGAGCAGAGCCGAGUACAACGUCACCAUCACCGUCACCGACACGGGGACCCCAAGACUGACAACCCAGCACCACAUAACUGUGCUGGUCUCCGACGUCAACGACAACGCCCCCGCCUUCACCCAAACCUCCUACACCCUCUUCGUCCCCGAGAACAACAGCCCCGCCCUGCACAUCGGCAGCGUCAGCGCCACCGACGCCGACGCGGGCGCCAACGCCCAGCUCACCUACUCGCUGCUGCCGCCCCCGGACCCCGGCCUGCCGCUGGCCUCGCUGGUGUCGGUCAACGCCGACAACGGCCACCUGUUCGCCCUGCGGGCGCUGGACUACGAGGCCCUGCAGGCCUUCGAGUUCCGCGUGCGCGCCACCGACCGCGGGGCGCCGGCGCUGAGCGGCCAGGCGCUGGUGCGCGUGCGCGUGCUGGACGCCAACGACAACGCGCCCUUCGUGCUGUACCCGCCGCAGAACGGCUCUGCGCCCUGCACCGAGCUGGUGCCCAGGGCGGCCGAGCCCGGCUACCUGGUGGGCAAGGUGGUGGCGGUGGACGGCGACUCGGGCCAGAACGCCUGGCUGUCCUACCAGCUGCUCAGGGCCACGGAGCCCGGGCUGUUCGGCGUGUGGGCGCACAACGGCGAGGUGCGCACGGCGCGGCCGCUGAGCGAGCGCGACGCGCCCCGCCACCGGCUGCUGGUGCUGGUCAAGGACAACGGCGAGCCGCCGCUGUCGGCCAGCGUCACGCUGCACGUGCUGCUGGUGGACGGCUUCUCGCAGCCCUACCUGCCCGCGCGCGACGCGGCGGCCGACGCGGCCCCGGCCGACCCGCUCACCGUCUACCUGGUGGUCGCGCUGGCGGCGGUGUCGUCGCUCUUCCUGUUCUCGCUGCUGGCGCUCGUGGCGGUGCGGCUGUGCCGGCGGAGCGGGGCCGCCUGGGCGGGGGGCUGCGCGGCGCCCGGGGGCCGCUUUCCGGGCCCCCUGGUGGAUGUCAGCGGCGCGGGGACCCUGACCCAGAGCUACCAGUACGAGGUGUGUCUGAACGGAGGCUCAGGUACCACCAGCGAGUUCAAGUUCCUGAAGUCUGUCUCCUCCAACCACCCAGGAUCUGUGAAUGUUAUGGAGGGAAACUCAAAUUAUGUAAGUGGUUUUGGAUUCAAGUAGGAAUUUGGUAAUUUUUCAGAGCAUUCAAGAUGAAGGUUAGUUCUAUCUAAAUAUACUAAGUCUCCAUUACCUUUUUUGGUCCAUACAGAAUUUCUUUGAUUUCCUUUUCCUAGUCAAGGAGAUUAGAAACCUUAAUUAUAUACUCAUGUUUACUCUCUUUUUAUCAUUUCUAUUUUAAGACAAAACAUGCAACUGUACUUCAUUCCUAAAAUGUCAUGAAUAUUUGUUCAAUUUAUCAGCUUUCAUAAUCAACCACUAUUGAUUUGAAGAUACAACCUCCGUGCCGUUCUGUUUGUUUUCCAGAAACAUUUUUAAAAUUUUUGAUGUUGUGAUUUCUUAGGAGACAGGCAUGACACAAAUAUAAUAAGUUAUUACUGUAUCUUCAGUUUAAUAUAUUAUGCCUACCUGUCUUAAAAUUUUAUGUCUGCAAAAAAAUGCAUGUUUUUGUUUCACAGUGGUAUUAAAUAGAAAAACUACAAUUUCUCCCAUACUUGAAAGAUUUUUACCUCUUUAUAUCAACCUUCAACCUAUGAUAUAUAGGACUAUUAAUUUUUAAUUAAAUAUAUUAGAGUUACUUUGGUUAAUAAGAUUAUAUAGAUUUCAAGUGUA